UCACGCAUUUGGGACCUAAAAUACGAUGGGAGAUAAGGAGGACUCUGGUGGAGAUGAUACUUCAGUCCAAGGAGGCAGCUCAACCCAAGAUUCUGGCAUUGCAGCGCAAAGGGGAGCGCAUACAAGCCAGGGGUCACUGCUUAAGGAGGUGCUGAAGAACUUCACCAUUGAGAAGUUCUCUGGAGAUGGCUAUAAUGAUUGGGCAUGGAAGAUGCAGCUCUACUUUCGACAAAUUGGCCUCUUGAAGCUCAUGAUUGGAACGGAGCCAAGGCCAAAGGAAAUGGCAGAGCAAGCGGACUGGGAUGAACGUUCAUCUGCUGGGUAUUAUCUACUGUCACAAAGCUUGGAGCUGAACCAGAGGCAUCACAUCAUGCAUCUGCUACCGGAAAUUGAUUGUGGGCCCAAGGCAUGGGCAGUGCUCAAGGACCUGCACGCUCCGACAUCGGUUGCCGCUUCUCUCAUGCUGGAUCGGGAGCUGUCCAUGCUGCGGUUGAGCGAGAAUGAACCUGUGCAGCCCGUCCUGGACAAGAUGAGGGAACUCUACGCGAAAUUGGCGAUUGCAGGCAUCACGUACCUGGAGCAGACUAAGUGUCUCAAGAUGCUCAGCCUGCUGCCCGAGUCUUGGCUGCAAUUUAUAAGCGGACUCAGCUUGCCACAAAACCAAAGUCAAUGGACAUUGGAGUGGAUACGCACCAAGAUUCUGGAAGAAGAUUUUCGUCGCUAUACACUGCGCGGAGUUGAUCCUGCUGAAGAAACCUCCAAGGAUGACAGAGGAUUGGGAAAUGAGGAGAGGAAUGCUGGACAGUUCUACCAUGUGUGUGACAAAGAUGACAGUGGCACAGCUGUUGCAAGGGCUGGAGAGGAACUGCACCCGCUUGACAUGUGGGUCAUGGACUCUGGUGCUGCAUGGACAAUGACACCACGCAAGGACUUGCUGGAUGCUGUGCGAGCGCCUCCAAUCUCCGAAGUGCGCUCAGCAUCCGGACAUGCAGUGAAGGUCGCUGGAGUUGGUCGAGCUGCAUUCAGAGCACCUGAUGGUGGACUGGUUGUGCUGAAGGACGAGUGACGGUUUCUGCAAGGUCGGGGGAGACUGAUUGGGAAACCGCACACAGACGUCUAGGGCAUGUGGCUAUGCCAUUGCUGCAGCAACUGCAUAAGGAAGAGGCAGUAAAGGGGCUGAAGCUUU